AUGAUUCCCAGAUAUAUACUUUUGAUGAUUUUAUUCCUUUCUCAGUUUAAAGAAAAGACAAUCCUUGGAGUAAAGGGUCAAGAACUGGUUUAUCCUAAAAAACUUCCUAUGAUACACAAGCGAGAUUUGGGGCACACCCAUGAUCCUGACAUACAGGAAAUGUAUGAAGAGGAAUUGUUGUAUGAAUUCAGGCUAAAUAGAAAAAACUUAAUACUUCACCUUUUAAGAACAAGGGAGCUCCUAGCCUCAAAUUACAGUGAAACCUACUCUUCUACAAAAGGAGAGGAGAUCACCAGGCAUCCUCAGGUCAUGGAUCAUUGUUUUUACCAAGGAUCCAUCAUACAUGAAUUAGAUUCUGCUGCCAGUAUCAGCACAUGUAAAGGCCUGAGGGGAUUCUUCAGAAUACAUGACCAAAGGUACCUCAUUGAACCAGUGAAAUACACAGAUGAGGGAGAACAUUUGGUGUUCAAAUAUAACCCAAAGGUGCAUUAUGCUGCCAAUUACUCCUGUGCAGAGCUCAAUUUUACCAGGAAAACUAUUCCAAGCACAGAUACUAAAUCAACAGAAAACCAUGAAGUGGAAAGCACCCAUAAAGAAAAACAUAUUGAACUGUUCAUUGUUGCUGAUUACAGCGUGUAUCGCAGGAAUAGUCAUCCUUAUGAUAAACUAAGGAACCGAAUUUUGGGAAUGAUCAAUUUUGUCAAUAUGAUUUAUAAAACUUUGAACAUUCAUGUGACAUUGGUUGGACUUGAAGUGUGGAUAAAUGGAGAUCAAAUAAAAGUAGAUUCAAACAUAGAAACUACUUUAUUAAGUUUUUCAUCUUGGCAAGAAACAAUCCUUAAAAGAGGGAAAACCUUUGAUCAUGCUGUGUUGCUCAGUGGGAAGUGGCUCUACACACAUGCACAAGGAACUUCUUAUCCAAAGAGUAUGUGCUUGCCACAUUUUUCCUCCAGUGUCGUUAAGGAUCUCUUACCUGAUAUAAAUAUAGUUGCAAACAGAAUGGCCCAUCAGUUGGGGCAUAGCCUUGGAAUGCAGCAUGACGAAUUCCCGUGCACAUGUAGCUUUGGAAGAUGCGUGAUGGAUAGCGUUGGGAGUAUUCCUGCACUAAAAUUUAGUAAAUGUAGCAGAAACCAAUACCUGAAAUAUCUGAAAGAUUAUAAGCCAACGUGCAUGUCGAAUACUGCAUUUUCCAAUAAGUUAAGUGAUUUUCCAUAUUGUGGAAACAAGAAGUUGGAUGAAGGAGAAGAGUGUGAUUGUGGCUCUGUUCAGGAAUGCACUAACCCUUGCUGUGAUGCAGACAAAUGUGUGCUGAAGCCAGGAUUUACUUGUGCCGAAGGAGAAUGCUGUGAAUCUUGUCAGGUGAAAGUAACAGGGUCCAUGUGCAGACCAGCAAAAGAUGAAUGUGAUUUUCCUGAAGUAUGUACUGGCCACUCCCCUAGGUGUCCUAGGGACAAGUUCCAAGUAAAUGGAUUCCCAUGCAAGAAUGCAGAAGGCUACUGCUUCAUGGGGAAAUGUCCUACACGGGAUGAUCAGUGCUCUGAAUUGUUCGAUGAUGAGGCAAAAGGGAGUCAUGAUAUCUGCUACAACAUGAAUAAAAAAGGAAAUAAAUUUGGAUACUGCAAAACAGUGGAAAACAAUUUUGUUGCCUGCAAGGAGAGAGAUGUCAAAUGUGGAAAGAUAUACUGUGCCGGAGGACAGCGGUCACCUUCCUUGGGAGAAGACGAGAUCUACCACCUUCAGGCUCCAAAGAAGAAUGCAACCAUACAAUGCAGAGCCUUUUUUUGGUACCAUAAUUCUGAAGAUGUCGGCCUGGUUGCUUCUGGAACAAAGUGUGGAGAUGGAAUGGUGUGCAACAAUGGUGAAUGUGUCAACAUCAAAAGGGUCUACAGUUCAACCAAUUGCUCCUUCCAGUGCAAUGAAAAUUCUGUGGAUGGUCAGGAAGUGGAAUGCCUGUGUGAAGAACAGGGAUCUCUAGACUGGGAAGAAACCUUAAACAUUACGAAUAUCGCCAUCCUGGUCGUGGUGCUCAUGCUAAUUUUUGUCGGUGUUGGGGUUGUCAUAUUAUUAAUUCGUCACCAAAGGUGUAUUAAUUUGAAGCAAAAUCAGAGCCCACCUGGAGACACACUGGGAGUAGAGAAUAAAGGAUACUUUGGUGAUGAGCCGCAGACAAGGAAUGAGCCAGUCUUACCAGAUAUUCAUCCACUACAAAAACCUGCAAGUAAAGAUCCAAGAGGAACCGCAGAUCCCAAUCCAAGUGCCAAAAUGAGCUUGAAAUUGGAUAUCCAAAAUGGCUGUGUCGGGCUAGGCUGA